GAAUAAGGAUGGAGAGUGUCAUAAAUCAGUAGAGGAAGACUAGCAGGCGGACAAGUCAGCUAGGGAUAGGGACAAGGCGACACAGCAAGACGGCAGCAGCGACAUUCGUGCCGCCCUACUCCACUCCUGCAUACAUUAAUUGGGCACGGAACAGUUGUCUGUACACAGCUCAUCUCUGGGUGGCUCUAGGCUGGGACACCCUCGCUCAUCUAAUCCCAGUGUUCUCCUACCCACCAGAGAUUAGUGGAGACUAUACAGAUGUAAGUACGCCGAGAUGUAUCUUGCGACUAGACAAGACAUUUUUGGCUGCCCUUUCUGACACAAGUUUGGAUAUUCCUUUUCCUUUCCAAAUGAAUCGGCCACCAAGCUACACAGAAUCUUCCUACUUCAUUCACCAGCGCUAUGAAGACACUGCCCUCGUGAUAUUCCAGCAGCAACAGAAGAAGAAGGACAGCAGUAACUACACUUCACAACUGCCAUACGCAGGUUCACCACCAGCAUCACUGUCACCAUCCAAAGGAAAAGGAAAAAGCCCUCACUCAGAGACUGUAUUUUACUCUAGUCCCAAGUACUCCCCAAGCAAAACAAAGACAGGCAUACCCAUUUCUGGGCACACAUCACCCUUGGAUACAGGAUCUGCAUUAAGCUUUUCCAGUUCUGUAUCGCCACCUGUGCCAAGUGUUCUGCACAAUGCUUCUGAGAGCGUUUCCCCAUGGGUGAAAGUUCCUGGUGCAGAUGAUACAGUUCUUCACCACAGGGAUGGGGAUUAUGAAGGUGACAGGUUGUAUAAUAGCAUGAAGGUAGGCAUCCGCAAUCUGCCAGAGAGUUCAGAGCAUCCUAGGCACAUUGAGGCGCUUCAGUCAGAACAUUCCGAUGGGCAGGAAGAGGAUGAAGUGAGGAUCACAUCUUUGUAGAUGAGUAGAUAUUCAGGGUGGCAAGAUGGUUGCAGAACUAUAAAACACUUUGACAGUUUUCUGAAUGCAGAUUUUAAUCUUACCUGCAGCUCACCUGGUGGUAGUUUUGUUGUUAUCCAUAAAGAGAUAACUUGUGAGUGGCACUUCAGCAGGCACAGAGGAGCCACACAAUUCCCUUUAACCCCCUCAAGAAAAAAAGGAGAAUCUUCUUAUUGAGUUGUGCCAGUGAGAAUAAAGAAUAUGGAACUUCAUCCAUUUCUUGAGUUGGAUACACCUCCUAAUCCUGGAUGGUGGUAUGUGCUGACUACAACUGGGGAAUGCCCCUCCAUGCGAGUGGGCCAUACCUGUACCUACAUGCGUGGUCAGAGAGAUGAUGAUGCUGGAAGAGUCUAUGUUAUUGGUGGUGCAAACCCUAGUGGGCCUUUUUGUGAGACAUACAUACUUGAUUUGAACACACGAACGUGGGAUGUAGUGGAAAGCGUGGGACUGCGUCCGCGGUAUGAGCAUGCUGCCUUUGCUCCACCAAGCUGUGCACACAAGAUCUAUGUGUUUGGUGGUGCCAAUCAGGCAGGAAACUUGAACGACAUUCAAGUUCUUGACACUAUCUCCAACACGUGGUCAACUGUUGCUGUCACCGGCAGCCUGCCUGCACCCCGCACUCACCACACGACAGCCACCGUUGGGGACAAGCUCAUUGUCUACAGUGGUGGUCACCAAGGAGCAGAUCCAGUAGGUGACCGCCAGGUUCACUGUUUUGAUGCUAUCAAGGAACAGUGGUCAGUGCUGACCCUCAGAGGAGAGUCACCAAAGCCCCGACAUGGCCACGUAAUGGUCAGUGUGGGCAGUCGGGUAUUUCUACAUGGAGGCAUGGCCGGCUCAACUUUCUAUGAUGAUCUGCAUAUAUUAGACCUCGAAAAGAAUGCCUGGAUCAACGUAAAGAAAAAGAAGAUGUUUCCAUCAGCUAGAGCUGCUCAUGGUGCAGUAUGCAGCGGAACCAACAUUUUCAUAUUCGGGGGCAUGAACAGAGAUGGUGCACUUGACGACUUGUAUAAACUUGACACAAUGUCGAUGGUGUGGACACAACUGCAGCUUUGUGGUCCUCCACCUGCCAGUCGGUUGGACUUUGCAAUUUGCAUGAUAGAGCUUCAUGUACCUAGGACAAAGGGAGGUAGAAAUGAUGAGGACAAUCUAAGCAAGGCAAGUGGCCAUGCUCGAGAGGUGCUGGAACAUGAGAUGAAACCUGGCAGUGCAAGCUCCCGAGAAAGCUGGACUGAUGGUGGUGAGGAGGCAAGCUGCAUGCAAGCAAACAACAAGGGAGAUCAGCGUGAAGACUGCCAAAAAGCCAGUGCUGCUGUGGAGAGUGAUAGUAUUGAGACAGUUUGGGCUUGCCUUGUGAAUGGAGGAAUGGACACAGAAGGAGAGAUCUUUGAUGAUACUCUGGUUUUUCCACUUAUGUGAUUCAGACAUAUUCUGUAGUUGGUUGUAUGAUAUGUUUACAUAAUUGGACAGACAGCAAUUCUGGUAUGUUUGAUUUUCACUUUUGGAGGAGUAUAAAGCUUUUUAUUUCUAGCGAGCCUUGUUUUCCUCAUACAUUUUUCUGGAAACUACUUUUUUCAUUGUGUGGGAUAGUGAAGACUGUGUUUGGGUUUUAGAGUACCUGUUCUUAGUUCUUACUAACAAAGUGCUUCUUUAUUUUGUUGGAUUGUCUAUGUGGUAGCUUUAUCACAAGGAAGGCUAUUUUCCCCUUUUCUUUUUGGACAUUGUGAAAAGAUGGGUGUUAAUUACUUAAUAGUAAGUGGUUUUAUUAUGAAUGUGUAGCAAUACUUUUGCAAAAAAGCAGAUUUGUAAGAAGGGAUAAAGAUGUUUAAGUAAGACUUAGAAACACACGUGCAUUAAAAUAGUUUUGUUAAAACUUAUCUUUUGCUUGGGGAAGCAGAAGUAGAGAAUAACAGGAGUAUUUUUGUACACAUUCAGGCUGACAUUAAAGCCGAAACUACUGGUAAUAGUGGUAGUUGUUGAGGCAACAGGACCUGUACAAAUAUUUCUUCUUGGUCAGACAUGGCUUAUUUGUUGCUCCACAAAAUUUGAUUUGAGCGCAGAAUGCAGUUGUUGGAAAAUUGUUGUUUUUAAACAAGGUUAUUUUCAUGAGAAGCAUGUGAGAAGAUAAUAAAACUAAAUGAGCCUGUUGAAUUGCUUUAAUCUUUUUAAGAAAAAGAAAGAAAAAUUGGUACUUUUCUAGACCUUUAUUUACCAUAUCUUAUUUAUCAAGAUCUGUCAUACUUGAACUCCACAUUGCAGUCUAUAGAUACAAAUUUUCCUUUCAUUUAUUUCAAAAAUACUCAUAGAUUAAUACAAUAGUGUGUUGUUAAUUAUGUUUUGAUUGUAUGAGAGACGUAAAUGCAUUUUUUCGUAGGUCACAACUAGUUUUAUGGACGUACUGAUUUGAGCUGCAUUAUUUUAUUAAUGUAACCAUCUACAUAUUUUACUCAAAGCAUUUAGGGGUAUAAAAGAGAGUCAUAUUUAUUUUUUCAUGCCUUUUAAAGUGCUGUUUCUAAACACUCUUUCUAAAUAAUGUCAUAUCAUGUAUUUACUUUUUGAAACUUUGGUACUUAAGGUGUUGUCUUAUACAAAGUAAUAUUAAAAGGAAGUAACAUUAGCACUUGAGUGUGUGCCCUAGGGUGAGUUUAUGACUAUGGAUAUGUACUAUACUUCCUUUAUUUGUGAAAGUGUGUGUGCAUAUGCAUUCACAUAUGUGGAAAGCACUCCAGUGUGCAUCCAAUAUUUUUAGAUGGAUCCUGACCAACGUGUAUGAAUAUACUUGCACAUUAUCAUUUGCUGAUUUCUAUGUCUCUUUUGGAGGUGCCACUUUGGAGCUGCUGUUUGCCAUUGUGCUUAUUUUACAGGACAUUUAAUUUUACUUUCCAUUUAGAAAUGCAAGAUGGACAAUGCAACCACCACAACUGAUCUCGCUAAUUGUUUUAUUCUAAUUUCUAAUGUCUUCUAAUUAAAACAAUUUUUAACAUUUCGUCCAUCUAUUAACUUCUUAUAAUUUUCUUUCUUCUGUUUUUAAGCAUGUUUGCUGUGAUGGUGGAGGAUGUUGUUAAGCUUCAUGGUUCUAUGCCUGUUACAUGAAAAAUAUGACUUCCUAUAACUUAAACACAUGAGUUAUCAGAUUGCUGUGCAGAUAAGCAUAUUAUAAAAGUAAUGAAACUAAUCUUUGGAGAUUGUUUAAACUUUUACUUUAACUGACAGACAUUGAUAGGAAUAAAUAAAGACUAAACCAAUUCUUCAUUUAUUCACUUUUCCACUUAUAUCAGUUCAUUCACACGGAGCAGAAGUGGGGAGGUGAGAGAUGCUGCUGUUUGUAGUGAAGUGGGGAAAUAAAAAUUGUGAUGAUGCCAGCUUCCUUGCAACUCACUGUCACGACUCCUUCCUCUUCUGUCUUUUGGCUUCUCAAAUUGUGUACACUCAGAUAGUGUUAAAGAAGAAAGGUACAAAGCAGUUUUCUCUGCGCAGUAGAUUUUGUUCAUUUGAAGCCACUAGCAACAUCUUAACACGAGUAAAUAAACAUUGAAAAUAAAUAUGCUGUAGAACAACAUAUACCAGCUGAAUGAAAUUAUAAGAAUACUAUUGUGUAUAUGCUAGACAUCUUUAGAACAAGGUCAUUGUCCUGACACACUGUGAUUUGUGAAGUCUUUAUGCUAUCUUUGCUCUUUCUUAUCAAAACAGAAUAUGCAUAUUUUUAUUUUAUGAGUUGUGGCAUGUGUCAUAUGAGGUUUUGACAGUGAUAGGCCACCACAUUGUCUGCUUGCAAAUAAAAUAAAUUAUGUCUUUUUUGUAA